CGGGCCGUAGAGAAGGAGAAGAAAAAGCGCUGUGCGGAUCAAGUUGCUGUGGCGGGCAGGACUGUGGAAAACAAGAGGCUAUCCAAGUGCGUUGGAAGCGACCCAUUCGCGGCUGUGUUGAAGAGGGAAGAGAGCCAGCGUCGCCGCUAUCAGGAAGCCAUGGGCAAAGGCGACCCCAACAAGCCUCGGGGCAAGAUGUCCUCGUACGCCUACUUCGUCCAGACGUGCCGCGAGGAGCACAAGAAGAAGCACCCGGACUCUUCGGUCAACUUCGCCGAGUUCUCCAAGAAGUGCUCCGAGCGAUGGCGGACAAUGUCUGCCAAAGAAAAAUCCAAGUUUGAAGACAUGGCAAAAGGUGACAAAGCUCGAUAUGAUAGAGAGAUGAAAAACUAUAUUCCUCCUAAAGGAGAGAAGAAAAAGAAAAAGGACCCAAAUGCCCCCAAAAGACCACCAUCAGCUUUCUUCUUGUUCUGCUCUGAACAUCGUCCAAAGAUAAAGAGUGACCAUCCAGGAUUGUCUAUUGGGGAUACAGCAAAAAAAUUAGGUGAAAUGUGGUCUACGCAGACAGCAAAAGAUAAACAACCCUUUGAGCAAAAGGCAGCAAAACUAAAGGAGAAGUAUGAGAAGGAUAUUGCAGCAUAUCGUGCCAAGGGUAAGAGUGAUGUAGGGAAGAAGGGUCCAGGUAGGCCAACAGGUUCAAAGAAGAAAGAACCAGAGGAGGAGGAAGAGGACGAAGAAGAAGAGGAAGAUGAAGAAGAGGAGGAGGAUGAAGAGGAGGAGGAUGAAGAGUAAAGUUUAACCUGGUGUAAAGAUUUGUGCUCAAAAGUCCAUGAUUUUGCUAAGAAUGUGAAGUCGAGUGCAGCUCAUUGUUAGCUUCAGUAUAAAAACUGUACAGAAUUGUGUAUAGGUAAUAUGAUUCUCUGUAGGGAGAUCUGUAUUCUAAUGUAAGUAGUAGCAAAAGGCCACUACUGAUAGAUUUUAACGCUGAUAUUGGCAAAUGUUCUGGCAUAUUUAAUGGUUCUUUGAAAUUCAGUGACUGCUUGAUUUUGAGCAAAGUAAAACAUUUGUAGUCAAAUAGUCAACCUUGUCUUGCAUACUAUUGCAUUGUAUUACUUUUUUAAAAACAAUUUUAUAAUAAAAUGAUGUACAUUAA